AUGGCUAGCAGUAUCCGCCGAGGAACAUUCCCGAGCAGUGUGUGGAUUGUGUUGAUGCUCUUUGGUGGUUGUGCGGUGCUGCAAUCGGUCCGUGGUGCUGGGAGUGGAGCCUGCAAAACGAUUCCCACUUUUGAUAAAUCCGAGGCGCAGGAUGAACGUUGUUGUACCACACCGACGGUGUUUGGUAAUGCCACGCUGAUGGAAUGCUGGAAGGGUGUAUCCGAUACCAGCAAACCGGAACCCGAGAAGGCCUGCGAAUUUUCCAAUUGCGUCAUGAAGAAGCACAAGUUCGUCAAGGCCGAUGGAAAGCUCGAUGGUGACCAGUUCCGGACGUACCUGAAGGAGCAGCUGAAACCGACGCCCGAAUGGAUGAAGCUGUUGGAGAAGGUUGUGCUGGAGGAGUGUGGUCCGAUGAUAGAGAAAGGUCGCGAGGACAUAAAGAAGACCAUGCAACAGUUUGUCGGUCAAUGUGAUCCGGCCAAUGGAGUGCUGAUAUCCUGUGCCCUCGGAAAAAUCCAUGCGAACUGUCCUUCCGCUGAUUGGAACGAUUCCAAAAUGUGUAACGAUUUCAAGGGUUACUUCACCAAGUGUACCGAUACGUUGGAGAACAUGAACGAGAUGUUUUUGGCGUUCGAGGCCAAAAAGAUGGCCGAUGAAGGACGUUAAGCAAUGGGGAAGGACGGAUGAACCGGCAGGUCCUUCGAU